AUGGUGGGCAAGAAGAAGAAGGUGCCUGCAAAGGCGCAGGCACCAAGGGGCGGCGGGCAGGGUGCCAAACCCAAUCCCUUCGAGCUCAAGGGCACCAAGCGCAAGUUUGAUGUGCUGGGUCGUCGCGAAAAGACAGGAAAGAAGAACAUCAUCCAGUCCCGAGAGGAUGCUGUCACCAAG